AUGGCUCCCGCUGCCGACAUUCCCCAGGCUGCUGCUGCUGCUCCGGCCGACCUCUCCCAAUACAAGGGCUAUGAUCACGUUCACUGGUAUGUUGGAAACGCAAAGCAGGCUGCCACCUACUAUGUGACACGUCUCGGCUUCAAGAAGAUCGCCUACCGUGGUCUGGAAACCGGCCUUAAGACUAUCGCCUCCCACGUUGUUUCCAACGGCUCCGUCACAUUUGUCCUCACCUCGCCUCUUCGAUCGCUCGAGCAAGCUGCUCGUUACCCUGCCGAGGAGAAGGCCUACCUCGAGGAGAUCCACGCCCAUCUUAAGAAGCACGGUGAUGGUGUCAAGGAUGUUGCUUUCGAAGUCGACUCCGUUCAGGCCGUUUUCGAUGCUGCAGUGAAAAACGGUGCUAAGGUUGUCUCCGAGGUUAAGACUUCUGAGGACGAGAAUGGUCAGAUCAAGUACGCCACUAUCCAGACCUAUGGAGAGACCACACAUACCCUUAUCGAGCGAAAGGCAUACAAGGGCCUUUUCCUGCCAGGAUAUCGUGAUGAGACCGCCGCACCAGACCCAAUCACCCAGUUCCUUCCAGAAGUCAAGCUCGAGCGGAUCGACCACUGUGUCGGAAACCAGGAUUGGAAUGAGAUGGAGAAGGUCUGUGACUAUUACGAGAAGGUGCUCGGAUUCCACCGUUUCUGGUCUGUUGAUGACAAGGACAUCUGCACUGAAUUCUCUGCCCUCAAGAGUAUCGUUAUGUCUUCCCCCAACGACAUCGUCAAAAUGCCUAUCAACGAGCCGGCCCAGGGUAAGAAGCAGUCCCAGAUCGAAGAAUAUGUCGACUUCUAUAGCGGUGCCGGUGUUCAGCACAUCGCUCUCAGAACCGAAAACAUCAUCGACACCAUCACACAGCUCAAGGCCCGUGGUCUUGAGUUCAUCAAGGUCCCAGAGACGUACUAUGAUGACAUGCGCAUGCGUUUGAAGAAGCAGGGUAUGGUUCUUGAGGAGGACUUCGAAGCCCUCAAGAAGCUUGACAUCCUCAUUGACUUUGACGAGGGUGGCUAUCUCCUCCAACUCUUCACCAAACAUCUCAUGGACCGCCCUACCGUCUUUAUUGAAAUCAUCCAGCGACGCAACUUCUCCGGAUUCGGUGCUGGCAACUUCCGUGCUCUCUUCGAGGCCAUAGAACGCGAGCAGGCUCUCCGAGGAAAUCUGAUAUAG